AUGUUUCAAUCUGUAUCACAUUCUACCAAUGAAUUUAAUCUUCAGAAUGAACGAAUAUCAACAAGAUUAUUUAUUAUUCUUUUCAUUCUUUUAACAAUAAUCCUCUUCGGAUAUAUUUCUCUAAUAAAUAUUACAAAGAUUGUAAACAUAAAAUCACCUACAUUCAAAAGCUAUUUACAAUUAUAUUCUACACAUUUUAAAACUUUAACAUGUCCAUGUAGAAUAAUAUCAAUUAAUUAUAAAAAUUUUCUUCAAGUCAAAUAUACAUUUCAUCAAAUAUGUAAUAGUAUUUAUAUUACUGAUGAUUGGAUAAAUUAUAUUGAUGGACGUUAUGGAAAUGAAAUUCUUGCUAUAGAUGAUUUUCGAUGGACUGGUACAAAUAUAUUUCGAGCUCUUAAUUCAUUUUGUAAAUUAAUAAAUAAAGCAAUAUCUGAAAGUUUAACUCGAUUUUAUUCAACUCAAUAUAUUAGUGAUAAAAUUCGAUCUAAACAAUUAUUUCAAUCACAAAUACAAUCUAUGUUUGAACAAUUUAUUUCUUCAACAACAAAAGAUUUAUUAUUAUCCUUACAAAUUAUACGUAAUACAAAUCAAGCUAAUGGUUUAUGGAGUAUAGCAGGUGUACAAUAUAGUUUAUAUAAACAAAUAAAAUUUAACAAUUUACUUUUAAUUGUUCGUGAUUAUUUUGGUUGUAGUUGUGAUUAUUCAGCUAAAUGUAUUCGACAGUCAUCUAUUUACAGAUAUUCUGAUGGAACUUUAUUAUUUUCAAUACCAGGUCUCUAUUUAGGAUGUUUUGCAAUUGAAUCAUUAUUACAAUCAACUCUUGAAUGUUUUUAUAAUCAAACAUGUAUAAAUCAAUUACAAACAUAUUUAACACAUUAUCCUUUCAUGAAUGUAACAGCAUUGAAUUCAUCUUUACCAAGUCGGUUUUUUAAAAAUUCAACAAUACAAGAAAUUGUAAAUAAAUUAAUGAUUGAACGAUGGAAGUUAUCAACGAUAUAUGAAAGUUAUUAUAAUGCAUGCCAACCAAUACGAUGUACAUAUAGUUAUACAACUAGAAAUAAUUUAAUUUAUAUUAUUACUACAUUGUUUGGUCUAGCUGGUGGUUUAGUAACAAUUCUGAAAUUUAUUGUACCAUUAUUAGUUAAACUUGUAAGAAGGAAUAAAAAAUUACCAAUGAUAAAACAAGAAACCAACAUUGAUCAAUCUAAUGCUGGAUUAUGUCAAAAAUUAGUUAAAUUUUGUCGAAAUUUAAAUUUAUUUUCAUCAAUCCCACCUUCAACAAAUGAAUUUGAUCUUCGAAAUCAACGAAUAUCAACAAGAUUAUUUAUUUUACUUUUGUUUCUCUCAACAACUACUCUCAUUAUGUAUACAUCAUUAGUCAAAGUUACAAAAACUGUUAAUAUAAAUCUACCUUCAUUCAAAACAUAUUCACAAUUAUAUUUAACUUAUUCUCAAACUUUAGCAUGUCCAUGUACAACAAUAUCUAUUGAAUAUAAAAAAUUUCUGUAUGUUGAUUAUACAUUUCAUCAAGUAUGUAAUAGUAUUUAUAUAACAGAUAGCUGGAGAGAAUAUCUUACAUCAUCUCUUCCAAAUAUAACACUAUAUUUUCGUGAUUUUCGAGCAUCACGUAAAUUCUUAUUUCAAGCAUUAAGCACAUUUUGUGAAUUAACAAAUAGAACAGUAUCAGAAAGUUUAAUUCGAUUCUAUUCAAAUCGAUAUAUUAGUACAGUAGUUACAUCAUCACAAGUAUUUCAUUUACAAUUGCAAUCAAUAUUUGAACAAUUUAUUUCUUCGACAACCAAUGAUUUAUUAUUAUCAUUACAAAUUAUACGAAAUACAACACAAGCUAAUGCUUUUUUUUCAGGACGUUGGACAAACUAUGAUUUAUAUUCAACGUUUUCUCCUAGACUACCUAAGAUGGAAAUUUUAGCACCAUAUCCUCAAUCAUACUCAAAUUGUCGAUGUGAUGUAUCAAUGACAUGUGUUGAACAAUCAGCCAUAUAUGAUAGUAUGGGUAAAACUAAAUUAUUCUCAAUACCAGGUCUCUAUUUAGGAUGUUUUAUAAUCGAAUCAUUAUUACAAUCAACUCUUGAAUGUUUUUAUAAUCAAACAUGUAUAAAUCAAUUACAAUCAUAUUUGAUAUCUAAUUUAUCUAUGAAUGUAACGGCAUUGAAUUCAUCUUUACCAAGUCGAUUUUUCAAAAAUUCAACAAUACAAGAACUUGUCAAUGAAUUAAUGAUAGAACAAAGAAAUUUAUCUACAAUGUAUGAAAGUUAUUACAAUGAAUGUCAACCAAUACGAUGUACCUAUAGUUAUACAACGAAAAAUAAUAUAAUUUAUAUUGUAACAAUUGGGUUUGGUUUAGUUGGUGGUAUUGUGACAAUUUUGAAACUUAUAAUACCACGAUUCGUUAAAUUAAUUGCACAUUUUUUUCUAAAACGACAAAGAAUUAUACCUGAAUUUGUAAAUGUUUCAAACUAA